CAAUUAUCGGAAAAUGUUAUGCACUUUAAAUAUACUUUUUUGAAUUGUUAAGGUGUAUACACACAGUCGAUCUAUAUAAUUGCAUGUAUUUAAAAUGACAGUUAUUUUUGACAUAUUUUUAGCAAAAAUAUAAUGUAGACAAAUUCACUCUAGCUUGUUUACUUGAAGAUGGAACUUUAUUCAAAUUUAUUGUCAAAUAUUAUUGGGAUAGGACUUAUAUUUGUAUAUUCUGUUAUAACAGGUGCUGAUGCUGCAUCAUACUGCCCUGUCAAUUCGUAUGCCCAGUCCUGUGAGCAUGGCUGUUGUGGAAACGGAUGCUGUGUUAACAAGGUAUCAUUAGCAUUAGGUUUAAUAUUUGGACUUAUUGGUUUAAUACUACUGUGCAGUGGAUUUGCAAUAUGUUUUGUUCAGUACUUAUACAGAAGAAAGAAGAAAACAGCCACUAAAGAUAGCUAUGCACAAACAGGAGAUCCAACUAGUGGAACUGUUAUGAAACCUACGCCAAUACCACCAAUAUUUUUAAGACACAAGAAAACAGAUGCAGAAAAAAAGAAAAUAGAAGAAGUGAAGAUAUCAUUGGAUAACGCAGACGAGAAAAAAGAAGGCAAAGAUACGAAAAAAGCAACAUAACCAUUCUGGACAAUUCGUUGUAACUUAGAUAGAAAUUUAAUUGUCCUUAUUAAAUAUUAUAUUCCAUGUCUAACAUUUAUAUUUGUACCAAUGAAUUCCUAAAAUUCCACGGGUGCUUGCUACUUGAUAACAUUACUUUA